AACCAGACAACAAUUUUAAUUAUGAUUUGUUUAUUUUUUCACUGAUACUGUGACAGUGAGUUUAAAGCGACUUGAGCAACUAUGUUAUUCGGCUACCAUUUUGUGAUGUUGUGCAGUGAAGGGAAAGAACGGCAAGCACAUCAUAACUUGAUGUCUAUUUGAGUUUCUAUCAUCAUGUUGCCAUAGUUACAGCCGCUAUAUAGAUCGGUGUCCAUACGAGCCUGGUUACUGUUUAACCUCCCCACCCACAUUUGCCCAGAUUAGGAAAAUCAAUAAGAUAACAGCGGCCACACCGGCCUUACCUUCCACCAACACCCUUCUCACACGGCCGCCUACCCGCCGCCAAACUUUCACAUUUCACGCCUCAAGCUGGCAGGAAAGCGAGAAUUGAACACAAGGACGCCUUGGAGGAGGAGGACAUGGUCAACGUAAACAAGCAAGUGGGCUCCAGUGUGGAACGGCCAUUUGAUUCCUCGCCGGCUGAGAACACCAACAUGAGCGCCACGGGCCACCUGACGGCGGGCAGCUUGUGCGCCAUCUGUGGGGACAGAGCCACGGGCAAGCACUACGGUGCGUCCAGCUGCGACGGCUGCAAAGGCUUCUUUCGACGCAGUGUCCGCAAAAACCACAUGUACUCAUGCAGGUUCAACAGACAAUGUAUCGUGGACAAAGACAAGAGAAAUCAAUGCAGAUACUGCAGACUGAAGAAAUGCUUCAGGGCUGGCAUGAAGAAAGAAGCUGUGCAGAACGAAAGAGACCGAAUCAGCACCAGAAGAUCCAGCUACGAAGACAGCAGUUUACCCUCCAUCAAUGCACUCAUUCAAGCAGACGUGCUGUCAAGACAGAUCAGCUCCCCUGCGCCUAUCCUGAACGGCGACAUCCGCACCAAAAAGAUCGCCACCAUCACGGAUGUUUGCGAGUCCAUGAAACAGCAGCUGCUGGUGCUGGUGGAGUGGGCCAAGUACAUCCCGGCCUUUUGUGACCUGCCCCUGGAUGACCAGGUGGCAUUGCUUCGAGCUCAUGCCGGAGAACAUUUGUUGCUCGGUGCUGCAAAGAGGUCUAUGCUCUACAAAGAUAUCCUCCUAUUAGGAAAUGAUCACAUCAUUCCCAGGAACUGUCCAGAGCUGGAGGUGGGCCGGGUUGCUGUGAGGAUCCUGGAUGAGCUGGUGCUUCCCUUCCAGGAGCUUCAAAUAGAUGAUAACGAAUAUGCCUGCUUAAAGGCCAUUGUUUUCUUUGAUCCAGAUGCAAAAGGUCUGAGUGACCCUGGAAAGAUCAAACGGAUGCGAUACCAAGUCCAGGUCAGCUUGGAGGACUACAUCAACGACCGGCAAUAUGACUCCCGCGGACGUUUCGGGGAGCUGCUACUCUUGCUGCCGACCCUGCAGAGCAUCACCUGGCAGAUGAUUGAACAAAUCCAGUUCGUCAAACUGUUUGGCAUGGCCAAGAUUGACAAUCUUCUCCAGGAGAUGCUUCUCGGAGGCUCUGCCAAUGAAGCGCCUCAUGCACCUCAUUCACUUCAUCCACACUUGGUUCAAGAGCACCUCAGCAGCAACGUAAUAGUGGCCAGCAACAUGCCGACGCCCAUCCAUAAUGGACAAAUUUCCACUCCGGACACCCCGAUACCGUCUCCGCCGACAGCGUCCAGCUCAGAACAUUACAAAAUAGCUCAAGGAGUCAUAGCCACUGUCCCCAAGCAGCCAACCUCCAUCCCUCAGUCGACCAUUACCAAGCAAGAGGCCAUCUAAUGACCCUUAUUUGAAUGGUUGGGUCUAUUUUUUUCUUCUACUUUUCCAAAUAAACAGCUUUGAAGCUGUCCAGUUGACAGAAACAUAAAGUAGUGAAAUGCCUUGAAAGUAAUGAUUCUAUUUUGAGUCUACAACUUAAACAACAGUUUAAUACCAGAAAAAAAGAAUACAGUUGUUGGGUAUGGUUGGCAUUUCAAACUUUGUUUAGUUGUGUAAAUACUUCCUCAAUGACCAAUGUGGCUUUCUUUUUGUAUGUCCCCAGUGUGUGGCGGAAAAGCUCAAGGUCGACAUGGCAAUGGGACCAUGUCAGUAUUUUAUGAAUGUUACAGGACUUUGCAUUCUGUUUUGUGUUUUGUGUUUUUAUAUUUCAAGUUCUCCUGUGAUUUAAAAAAAAUCUUUGUCACAAAGGCAUUUCAUCCAACCUAAAAAAAACCUACGAGAUUGCUUAUCUCACUGGCCAGACGAAAACGUGUUUGAUUUACUGCAAUGAAAUGGUGUGUUCAAAACUACUCAUUGAUAAGUAGGCACCCUGAUUAGGUUUUCCAGUUUUAUUAUAAGUGUGUAUAUUUUUGUGUCACACCCGACCCGCUCAUGUAAUGUUUGAAACGAUAAUAAAGCUAAGUGUGCCUUGUAACCUGUGCUGCCUUAAAAGCAAGCAAAUAUUUGCCAUACAAUGUGAAGAUGAACGAAUAAAUCAACGUCUAUUUUUACAUUGCA